AGUGUACAGUGUAUUCUCCAUGGGUGCUGAUCAGUGCUUUCCCGGGGGGCACCUGAUGCCUGUGCGGACUCGGGGCCCUCUAACCCCCCGCCGCAUUAUGCUCAGCACUCCCUGCGGUAUAAUGUCCGUAGGGGAAGGUUGGCCAAAAGGGAAAUCUCCAGGGGCGGAGCUGGGACCCAGGCAAGGGGCGGAGCUGGGACUCCUUGAGGGAGCAGAACUAGGAACCCAGAAGGGUGGAGACAGAGUUAAGUUGGGAUGUGCAGGUGUCAGAGGAGGGGUGAGGGAAGUGAAGGAUUAUGGGAUGGUGGGUGGGUCUCUAUCAGAUUUGGAUCUGUGUUCCCCAUUGGUCUCCAGCUUUGCUCGGGUGACAUCUCCUUUAAGGCUCCGGGUGGCUGUGGUUGAUGCGGAGUCCUUAGUGAGGGCGGGGGUCUUGCAGGAAGUGGGGGGCCCCUUGGAUCGCGGCUCGGCUCUGUGGGUGAGUAAGAAGCAGUUGCGAGAUUUGGGUUUAUAUCACCGGGAGUGGGUGUGGGUGUCCCCGCCUGACUUCACUGAGGGGGGAACGAGACACCUCGCCGUUAUACUGGCCGCAGAACUAUGUCUGGGGAACCCCAACAAAUACAACCACCUGCUGAGCGGACGGUGGGGGCCCCCCGGAACCGCACUCAUCUCUGCCACACUCAGCUUUAACCUGACCACUGAAAGCGGGCCAAUAAACGAGGUCCUUGUACAGCGUUUCUGCACCGAGCUCACCCAAGGAAGCCGUUCUGCUCUUGCUGACCCGCCAUUUGCACAGGAGCUGUAUAUAAACCUCGUGCGGUCACCAUGCUAUGGUAGUGAGGCCUCGUACCAGGCGGCUCUGUACCGCCAUUUUCAGACCCCCAGGGCCGUCCAUGUUGGGGAUGUUUUGUGUGUUUCCGGGAUCUCGCACGCCGAUUUCCCGCAGAACAAAUCUUCUGUCCCGGUCAGCUUGUCCCCAGCGGGUCUCCCCCAUGUUAUUGAUGACAUGUGCCGAUUGCUCCAGCCCCACCUCCAGAACAGCAGCCAUGUUCUUGGAGCCGGAGGCCGGAUCCUUCUGUGUGGUCCUGCCGGCAGCGGUAAAACCGUGGUGGUGAGAGCCGCGUGCAGCCGCCUUCAUUUACAUCUCCUCCAGGUUGAGUGUGCCAGACUGUGCCGGGAGAGCAGUGCCGGAACGGUGACUCGUCUUCGCACUCUCUUCUCUCGUGCCGGUGAUUGCCGCCCCUGCGUGUUGCUGCUCUGCCAUGUGGAUGUUUUGGGGAGAGAGAGAGACGGCUCUGGAGAGGACAUGCGUGUCACCGCUGCUCUGUGCCGCCUCUUGUUGGACUCCACAUACAGGGAUUGGCCGCUGAUUGUUGUCGCUACUUCCUGUCGCCCCGGGGACGUCUCCUUGGACCUCCAGUCGUGCUUUAUCCAUGAAGUUUCCCUUCAGACGCCUUCCGAAGAUCAGCGCCGCUCCAUGCUCACCGCCCUCAGCGCUCCUCUCACACUCGCCACAGACGUCAACAUCCCCCAGGUGGCUCGCAGGACUGCGGGAUUUGUAGUCGGAGAUCUCUGCGCUUUACUGGCCACUGCUGCACGCAACGCCUGUGCCAGGAUCAGGAGAUCGGGUCUGUCUCCCCUCCAGGUUCCUUCAGUGCGCUGGAAGGAUGUUGGUGGACUUCAAGAAGUGAAGUGUCAGCUCUUGGACACAGUACAACUUCCUCUUGAGCACCCUGAGAUGCUUUCCUUGGGCCUUCGUAGGUCUGGAGUCUUACUUUAUGGGCCACCAGGAACUGGAAAAACAUUGCUUGCCAAAGCUGUGGCCACUGAAUGUGCCAUGACGUUCCUCAGGUAUGGGAGGAGCAUGUGUGACUGA